AGCUUAUUUUGUCAGCCAAGUAGAGAGAGAGAGAGAGAGAGAGAGAGAGAGAGAGAGAGGCGUUCCAACAGUGAGAGCGGAAGGUAGCGAAGGGUGAAGGCGGAGAAACAAAUGGAUCCAGACGCUUUGUCGAAAGCAUUCGUGGAGCAUUACUACUCCACCUUCGAUACCAGUCGCGCUGGUUUAGCUAACCUUUACCAAGAGACUUCCAUGUUGACUUUUGAAGGUCAGAAGAUCCAAGGCUCUCAGAACAUCGUUAACAAGCUCACAUCUCUCCCUUUCCAGCAGUGCAAACAUACCAUCACCACCGUCGAUUGCCAGCCUUCUGGACCUGCCGGCGGUAUGCUCGUCUUUGUCAGCGGCAAUCUCCAACUUGCCGGAGAGCAACACGCUCUUAAGUUCAGUCAGAUGUUCCAUUUGAUGCCAACAGCACAAGGAAGCUUUUAUGUGUACAAUGACAUAUUCCGCUUGAACUAUGCUUGAGGUUUGGUUUGAUUUGAUUUGGGUCUGUAUGUCUACGACUACAACUAAAGGUGGUGGUGCUCAGUUGGGACCAAUUCCAGAAUGUGGUUAUUUACUUUUUGGUGUUUUAAGAUAUCAUUGAACCAUCCGAAAGAAACUUGUGUUUUAUGACACUCUUGCCUAUUUGAUAACUGUAAUUUGAUGAAUUUGUUUGGUUGUA